GGGGGAGAGGGGGGGAAUGGCGGCGUGAGCGCGGUUUCCGGCAUAACCACCCGCGCUUGUCUGCCAUAUGAAAGGCGAGGGUUUUCAACACGAUGUUCUAGGGACCUGGAGGACUGCUCGUCGUCUUUGUUUUUCAGACCUUAUGUAUUCAACGUUUACUGAAGAUAACUUGAACAUCAAUCUGAAAGUAACGUGUGUGGAAUGUCAUCCGGAAAAGACGUUAGUGCGAUUUUGGGGUCACGACAACAGUUUAUGUGAAUUGGAUUAUCAUAUAUUGCAAAAUGAAAUACAAAAUGCAACUAAGACUAAAGCUAGCUUUGGAACUGAUGAGCUAUGUUUUGCGGAGGAUGUUUAUAAUGGAGGAUGGUAUCGUGGCAGGCUAAUAAGGAAAAUUGAUGAAUUAUACGAAGUAUUUCUCAUAGAUGUUGGAAAGGUAUUGAAAGUUGAUGCAAGGCAUGUUGCACUUGCCUGCAUGGAAUUUUUCCAAUUGCCCCCAAAGGUAUUAUGUGGCAUAUUUGCAAAUGUAGUGCCAAUAGGGGGCAUAUGGUCCUCGACAGCAGUGAACUAUUUUGCAUCUUUGAUUGCUUCACAACUUAAAGGUUAUGUAGAAGAUAUUUUGCUGAACCACAUUAUUUUGCUAGAAGUCACCAGUGUCAACAAGCAACUUUUUGAACUUGGUUCAGCAAAAAUUUUUGAUUCCAAUACUUUCCGCCUUGUUCUAGAAAUAUCAGAAGAUUUUUUAGACUAUGAUGGCUGUGAAAAUACAAAACUCAAGCACACAAGUCAACUGUGUUCAAGAGCUGCAUUUGUCUUAUCAUCUAAUUUCCAACCUUACUUGGAUGUUUUGACUCCUAGUUUACGAACUGGUGUUGUAGAAACUGUAAAAAUAACGUGUGCUUCAGGACCUCAUAGAUUUUACUGCCAAUUGAAGCGGCUGAAUCCUGAAUUGGUGGAAUUGACCAGAGAUAUGUACUGUUUCUAUGAAAGUCAAGAAAACGAAAUGAGUGAUGAGCCCAUUGAGAAUUGUGGUGCUCUCUGUGCUGCAAAGGGUAAGGAUGGAAGAUGGCACAGAGGUCUUGUUAAACGGCUCUUAACUCGUAGCCAGGUGGAAGUUUGGUUUAUAGAUUAUGGAAAUUAUGAUCUUGUAUACCCCCAUUAUAUUAGAAAACUGAUUCCAGAUUUUUUUAUAAUGCCUUUGAUGUCAUUUGCUUGUGCACUUACUGACUUGCCAGACAAAACAAAACAAUGGACUGGUUUGCAGGCUGAAGGUUUUAAACAGUCAUUGUUUGAAGAGGCAUUUCAGAUUCAUAUUGAUUUCUAUAGCUUGAAAGAAAAAUUACAUUAUGUAACUCUGUGUAAUCACAAAAAUGUGAGCAUCAAUCAGAUGUAUGGAACCUUGUCAGAAGGAAAUAUUCCUGAAGUAAAUUUAGGGAUUGAGAUUGGUCCAAAGAAAGAGGGAAAUGAAGACAGCUACGAACAGAAUGCAAGUCUUUCAGAAGAGACUAAUUAUACUACAGAGGCAUUAACUGGUAAAAGUCUAAGCAAACCUCUAAAGCUCAAUCUUGUGGGGUCUGUUGGGAUGACAGUAGAUGGUUCCUAUCUUGGAUUUGUUGAAUAUGUAAUCAACCCAUCUGACUUUUGGAUUCGGACAUUGGAGUACAAUUGUGAAUUUGAAUGUUUAAUGAAGAACAUUACAGACCACUACAGUAGAAUUGGUAUAAAUGAAGAGCUCAUUCAAGCACCAGAGCCUGAUUUGUUUUGUUGUGCUAGGUAUUACAAAGACCAACACUACUAUAGAGCUGUUAUUACUGAAGUACUUGGUGACGAAGUCAGGGUUUGCUUUAUAGAUUUUGGGAAUUCUGAAAUUGUGGAUACUAGUGAUGUGAAAUGUCUGCUUCCUGAGUACUCAAAGUUGCCAGCAUUAGCCAUGAACUGUUCUCUUGCUCAUGUUUUUCCUAUUGAAGAGGUGUGGACAAAGAAUGCUACUGACUACUUCAAGAAAGCUGUAUUCAACAAGCAACUUUUUAUUGAAGUUGCCGCAAAACAGGACAGCAGAUAUGUUGUUAAUAUGAAAGAUGUAGAACAUAUGGAAAAGUUCAGCAUUAGUACACUUAUGCAUCAAGCUGGGUAUGCUGACUUUUGGAAUAUGCAGCUAGAUGUUAACUUGCCUUGGCAAAAGAGUAAAUUGAAGAAACCAGAAGCAAGAAGAGCUGUUUGUACUAAAUCAAACACACGUGAGCACAGGAGAUGUAUAGUAAAAAAUAUAAACAAGGAACCUGUGAGAAAAUCCUGUGAUAUUCGGAUUUCAGAUAUCCAAAUAUUCACUGCUUCUGCUCCAUAUGUUACUACAAAUAAUGUUUUUCCAAGUUCACAGCCUGCUGUGUCAAGAUUGACUAAAGUGUCUACCCUAGUCUCACCAUAUCUACAGCAAAUAUUUAAACUUGGGUCUGUUCUUGAUGUGAGAGUGUCCCAUGUAGUUUCACCGGCAGAAUUUUGGUGUCAGCUGCCAAGUAAAUCAAAUCAGCUACAGAAGCUUAUGAGAAAGAUUCAAGAUUAUUACAGUACUCCAAGGGAUCCUUUUCAAUUUGAACAUGCUGUGUGUGUUGCAAAAUACUCCAAGGAUGGAUUCUGGUACAGAGUAUCAAUCAUUGAAAGAUAUUUUCACAAGCAAGAGCUUGCUGUAUUGUUUAUUGAUUAUGGCAUCCAACAAAGAAUAUCCAGAAGAAAUUUUUGUGCAUUAGCUCCAGAAUUUCUUCAGUUAGAAGGACAAGCAUUUAGAUGUACACUUAACAGCAUAAUUCAGCCUGUAACCUGUGACCCAAUUGUUUGGGAUAAGGUUUCCUGCAAAGAGUUUAACCAAUUUGUUGAUAAUGCUUUGAUUUCUGGAAUUGGCCUUAAGUGCACAAUACUUUCAAUGGCACUGAUGAAAAGAAAGGGUCUGUGUAAUGUGAUAGAUCUUUAUACACCAUUUGUUAGUAUAGGUCAAUUACUUGUAAACAAAGAGCUUGCCACACAUGUUGAGUCAUCAAGUUCAUUCAGCCCAUUAAUUCAAAUAUAUACUCAUUACUACAGCUCUCAUGGUAUAAAACCUGGAAGCGAAGAGAAAGUAUUUGUAACCCAUGUGGUUAGUCUGGCUAAAUUCUAUUGCCAGCUUGAUAAGAACACUGCAGUUUUGGAUAAACUUAUGAUAAAGAUCAACAAUAUCAGUAAAAUGAUGCAUGGACAAAAUUUGGACAUGGAUAAAACAUCCAUGUGCUUAGCAAAGUAUUUUGAAGAUGGUCAGUGGUAUCGUGCUCUCGUCCAUUCUGUGAAAUCUCCUUUUCAUCUAAAAGUGUUCUUCAUAGACUAUGGAAAUAUGCAAAUUGUUGAUAAAAAUGAUGUGCUUCCAAUUCCUGAAGAAGCAAGUGAUUUAAUUUUGAUACCCAUGCAAGCAGUUAAGUGCUGUCUUUUAGUUUCUGUAGAUCAGGAAAUCCCAGAAGAAAUUGUCAACUUAUUUAAAGAGAUUGUGAUUGGAAAACCUCUGAAAGCUUUGGUGAUAGCUAAAGAGACUGGUGGUCAGUUUAUUGUUGAGCUGUAUGACGGAAAUGUGAAAAUCAGUGCUCAAAUACAACACCUAUUGCAACAUAAUAGAAAGGUGAGAUGCCUUGAAAACAGAUGGCAAAUUGGGAAAUUUCACACUUUAGAAAAUACAAAUUAUUUCUCAAAACUAGUUAAAAAUAAGCCACAUGAUUGUUCAAUGCAGUUGAUCAAAGAAAUAAAUGGACCAAUCAAAUCCUAUUUCAGGCCCAAAACUCAUUAUAUUGAAAAGAAUCCAGGCACUGUUGUUCAACAGCAAGAUGUAGCAGGAAAAACUUGGCAAAAUCAAAGCUCUCGUAAUCACCAGAGUGAGGAUAACUUGAAACUUUCUUUACAGUAUCUAGUAGAGUUGAAUAAAAAGCACUAUGAAGAGAAAUUAAGCAAAGAUGGAAGCUCCUGUAGUGGUCAAAGUGAGGUUAACCCAAAACUGCCUUCUCAAUUUCAGGCAGACGUUCGUAAAAGGCGCAUUAAAAAUAAUUCAGAGAAAACGACAUAUGCAGGCAGGAGAUUGAAAUCUUACGGCAAAACUGGCAGUUCUGAUAAAACUGAAGUUAAUCCCAGUUUUAAUUUGGAUGCUGCUGAAUUGGAAAAUAUAGCAAACCGUUCUGAAGUUGCAUGCAUAACUCAAAAGCAAAAUGAGACUUGUUUUUUUCAACAACUGAUGGAUUUGCCUCAACCAGAGUUAACACCUGACAUAAAGCAUGAAAAGUACAUUUUAGAUGUGAACAGCUCUUCAGGUGAUUCCAUUCAACUAAUAACAGCUGAGGAUAAAAUCCUACAUCGUAAGAAAAAAAUUAAUAGCAAAGGAAUUCCUGAAGUUGCAUUUCAAAAUAUUCAAAGUAUACAUAUGGGAGAUGAUGAUGUUGAGCAUAAGAAUGGCCUGGAUGAUUUAUAUGCAGAAUUCACUGACUAA